GAGACAAGUGGACUUAGAGCUCACACCACAACUUCCCCUCUCGACUGUGUGGUAUACGCAAUAUUCAGACUUCACUCGAACGCAUUGGAAAGAAAGACACCAUCACGAGUUGUGUUUUCCUGCUUGCUGAAGGAGCCCAGUACUCUGUGUUCAUUUAAGCCAUGGCCGCUUGCAGCAGGAGCGCGUUACUCGUGGCGAUUCCUCUGUGGAUGUGUUUUGGCAGAGCUGCUGCUACUCUAGGGGAUGCUCAGGUGUGUUAUGUGCUGGAUGGCGUCCUGUUUUUGUACGGCAUCAUCCUGACAGUUCUCUACUGCAGAAUCAAGGUCUACAAUGCAAAGGGGGCAAAGGCAAAGCAGACCGUUGAAGAAGGCAUCUAUACGGAUUUGAAACCUCACGUCCAGGACACGUAUGACUCCAUCGGCCUGAAGAAGUGAAGUGACUUCUAGUGCAGGCUGAACAUUUUUGACCCGAUUCCUCUUUUCUUCCUUGUUCAUAUUCAAAUAUUGAACGUCACAUAUGUUACAUCGAUUCUAAGAGAACAUGAAACUGUAGUGCAUCAGUGUUCAUUUCCCUUUUGCUUUUUUAGAAUUAUGUGGGAAGUUGGGUGAAGAAAGACAAGAGCGAAAGAGGGAAGUUGAGCACAAGAUGCCAUUUUUCCCUGAUCUUUUUUUUUAUAUUGAAAAUGACUUGUUUCAUGUAUUUGUAAUGUACCUUUGAGCUUCGCAAGAAAAUAAUAAAAAUGUUCCCUCCUGAUUUUAAGAAAGGUUGCAGAUUGUGCUGAAAAGCUGCUGAAAGUUAAAAUAUCCACACCAGGCUUAUUUAUGAUGAUGUCUUGCCACAGGAUGGCAGUGAUGGUGUCAUACAGCAUAUUUUAGAGCAUGUGCGUCUGCCUGUAUAAAGCUCUGAACUGUUUAUUCAUGAAUUAUCAAAAUGACUUCAUUUGUUGAACUUAGCCGUGUCUCUCUCGUGUUUGUGCAGGGAGCUGCAGACAGAAUUAAAAAAAAAAGUUCUAAUGUAUUGAAAGAGAUUUACAAUUAAGUUCAUAAUAUGCACUGUAUGCAGUUUAUAAAGAUUUUUUUAGCAGUGUCCUUGAUGUGUAACCAAUAAAUGUGAAUUGAUUAAAUAUUGAUAUUUUUUUCUUUUAAUAUUAAAUGCCAAAAUUUUGAAUCAUUUGAUGAGAGCAGCUUACAUAGAGGUUUAUAAAAUGUGUAUACUGUAAGUCAAUGUAAAAAAACUUUUUUUUAAUCUGCAUCCUUGAUAUGUAACGAUGAAAGCUCGUUUCUGCCUAUGUGAUUAAAUUUUUUUUGUAAAGACUCAA